AUGAACGUCUUGGAAAGCAAGGUAGCAGAUAUUCUUCGUUUAACUCAAAGAGAUGAGUUAUUCGUGCGUGAUAUUGAAGAACAAAUGCAUUCAUUCCUCAAAUUGAUAGGAACAAGGACUUAUCAUAAAAUGAAUAAAUUAAUUCCUGUGAUUGCAAAUCUUUGGUAUUAUUUUAUGACCACUUUGGGAAAUCUGCAGACAUUGGGAGAAGAAUACACAGGAACUAUUAGGGUUAACAACAAUGGAAAAAUACCACCCAAAAUGAUGCAAACCUUGUGGUUAGUUUUAUAUGUAGGAGGAGAACCUUUAUUGGACAGGUUAUUGAAUUAUUCCAAGAUACACAUAAAUGGAUCAUCAAGUUUAACAAUGAAAGCAAAAUCUUUGUUUAUAAGUUGUAUUGAUGUCUUCAAAGAUGAAAAACCAAAUUUGAAAAGGAUACAUACAGCACUUUUUUAUAUGGAUGGAAGAUACUAUAAUAUUUCAAAUAGGCUAGCAGGCAUUCGCUAUGUGUUACUUAGAGAAUGGCUCCAAAAUAAUUCUUUCAUAAGAAGUUUCAGUUUCCUUGGACAUAUUACCCUAUUUUAUAUCCUUUUCAAUUUGGUUUCAAGAAUCACAUUCAAAAAAGCAGAAGAGAAGCAAGGAAGUGAAAUGAUUCUAUCAAACAUUUCAAGAAAAUCAUGUGUACUUUGUGCAGACAACAUCAAAUCUGCAUGCUCAACACCCUGUGGUCAUAUUUUCUGCUGGGAUUGUAUUCAUGAUAGUUUGAGUUACCAAAAAACUUGCCCUAUUUGUAGGGAAAAUGUUCAACCCAGUAGAAUUAUAUUUUUACAGAAUUUUGCAUAA